CCCAAAGGGUUCCAUUACCCUGAAAGGUUAAGGACUGACCCAAUCCAUCUCCCUUCGUCUGUACAUUUAAUUUAUAGAGGAGAAAAGCUGACAUACUGAAGGUGGCAGCAAAGUCUAGAUUAUUCAUAUUGCACUAAGGCAUCUCUUGUGCAUGGUAUUUGUGGACCAUGACUAAGCUUUGUUUAAAUAUAUAAUAUUUUCAGAUUUUAAAGUGUCAUUCUUAGACCGUUUUCUAAAGUUUCUGGCAAAAUAAGCAUUACCCUAAUACAUUGAAUUGGCCAAAGCUUGACCAGUAUUAGGCAUGCUCCUGAAUUGGUAAAGAUUAUUUUUACUCAAUUUCUUUGUCUUUAUCACCUGUGUAGUGUGUGAAUUCUGUGAUGUCUUUAACAUCUAUAUAAAAAAUUUGCCUGACAAUUUCUCAAGAAAAGAACUGGAAGACGGGGGUAGAAAGAGAGUCAGAAUGGAAUGUUUUGUCUUUCCUGUCCUUACUAAGGUUUCUUUUCCCUCACAGUUGAUAAGAUACUAUGAUUUAUUUUGAAGCUAUAACAGUGUUAUUUCUCUCUAGGCUAGCCAAGGUUCCUUUCGGGUAGAAUAUGAUACCUUUGGUGAACUCAAGGUCCCAAAUGACAAAUAUUAUGGUGCCCAGACUGUGAGAUCUACAAUGAACUUUAAGAUUGGAGGUGUGACGGAACGCAUGCCAAUUCCAGUCAUUAAGGCUUUUGGCAUCUUGAAGCGAGCAGCUGCUGAAGUCAACCAGGAUUAUGGUCUCGAUCCAAAGAUUGCUAAUGCAAUAAUGAAGGCGGCAGACGAGGUAGCUGAAGGGAAAUUAAACGAUCACUUCCCGCUGGUGGUGUGGCAGACAGGAUCAGGAACCCAGACAAAUAUGAAUGUAAAUGAAGUCAUUAGCAACCGAGCAAUUGAAAUGCUGGGAGGUGAACUUGGCAGCAAAAAACCAGUGCAUCCCAAUGAUCACGUUAACAAAAGCCAGAGCUCAAAUGACACCUUCCCCACGGCAAUGCACAUUGCCGCUGCGAUGGAAGUUAACCAAGUACUCCUACCAGGACUGCAGAAGCUGCACGAUGCUCUCGAGGCGAAAUCCAGAGACUUUGCCCAGAUCAUCAAAAUCGGGCGCACUCAUACCCAGGAUGCUGUUCCGCUCACUCUUGGGCAGGAGUUUAGUGGCUAUGUUCAACAACUGAAAUAUGCAAUGAUGAGAAUAAAAGCUGCCAUGCCAAGAAUCUAUGAACUCGCAGCUGGAGGCACUGCUGUCGGUACUGGUUUAAAUACUAGAAUUGGCUUUGCCGAAAAGGUUGCUGCAAAAGUGGCCACGCUCACAGGCCUCCCUUUUGUUACAGCUCCAAAUAAAUUUGAAGCUCUGGCUGCUCAUGAUGCUUUGGUUGAACUCAGUGGAGCCAUGAACACAACUGCUUGCAGUCUUAUGAAGAUAGCAAAUGAUAUUCGUUUUCUGGGUUCUGGUCCUCGCUCAGGUCUGGGAGAACUGAUUUUGCCUGAAAAUGAACCAGGAAGCAGUAUCAUGCCAGGCAAGGUGAACCCUACCCAGUGUGAAGCGAUGACCAUGGUGGCCGCCCAGGUCAUGGGGAAUCACGUCGCUGUGACCGUUGGGGGCAGCAACGGACAUUUUGAAUUGAAUGUUUUCAAGCCAAUGAUGAUUAAAAAUGUGUUGCACUCAGCCAGGCUGCUCGGGGAUGCGGCAGUUUCCUUCACAGAGAACUGCGUGGUGGGAAUCCAGGCCAACAAAGAAAGAAUCAGCAAGCUGAUGAGCGAGUCUCUCAUGUUGGUGACAGCCCUUAAUCCUCAUAUAGGAUAUGACAAGGCCGCAAAGAUUGCUAAGACAGCACACAAAAAUGGAUCCACCUUGAAGGCAACUGCUGUUGAACUUGGCUAUCUCACAGCCGAGCAGUUUGAUGAGUGGGUCAAGCCUAAGGACAUGCUGGGUCCAAAGUGAUCUAAAUAAAUUUAUAAUAAAAAUAUGCUAUAAAAAAUAAAAUGAAACAGACUCCUUAUAUUUUUUAAACAAAAAUGGGUAAAUGUGAAAGGAAACGACUAUGACCUUGACUGUCUAGAGCAGAGCAGUUUGGACAGUGUGUAAAACCCAGGACGUGCAACAUCCAAAAUGAAUUUAAAAAGUGUAAAAUAAAAUAAUUAUAUAAAAUCAAAAAGGAAACAGACUCUUUUAUGUGAAUGGACUUGUGUAUUAUAGUUGAAUCUGA